AUGGACGCGAUUCAGACUCUGGCGUCCGUAGGGAUGGCCGUUGGUGCGCAAGCGGUGAGCUCACAAGCUCUGGAACUUUCAGCUAACCCCAGUGACUCAUCCGGCUUCUCGCAUGUCAUUAUCGCGAACAUCUGCCGAGUGUUCUUCUGGUUCGGCGCGCGAUUCGAGACCCCACUCCUCGUACAGUCGUUACUCCUGAUCGUGUCGCAGCUCGUUCUCCUCUGGAUCUGCAUCUACUAUGCGGUCCCGUCUGAUCCCGGAGAGGAGGCGGACGCGCUGCUGGCGCAGUCGAAGGGCUUGCUCUCCAAGCGCCCCUUCAACUUCUGGCGCUGGACAAAGUUCGGGACGUACAUCGAGUUCCUGGCCGGGCUCAUCGUCGUUCUCUCCAUCUUACAGGUCGCACUCGGCCGCUUCGACUGGUACAUCGAUGCAAUCGACCCUGCCGAUCCCGCAGUUCAUCUCGAAUUGGCGCCGCAAGUCGUGCUACGGUUUCCGCUCGUCGACGCUGGCCGGCUGGCUCUUCGGCGACGCGUUCAAUUCAAGGUGACGGGCAUUAUGACGUUGUGUUGGGACUUUGGUGAGCUAAGUUAUGGAGAUUCUGAGCUGACAGCAGCCGUCCUCGGGCAACGGCUGUACUACGGUGCCGAGCCGCCGACGCAUCUCCCGUUACAUGAUCGGGACCACGAGCGCCUCCACGACCGCGACGAGGAGGAAGACUGA